AUGAUAAAUCAUAAUAUUAUUAGUUUUAAAAAAUUUGAAGCUAUUUUUGAACAACGUCCAGGUGGUUUAGAACUUAAUAUGCCAAUAGAAAUUGGUAGUAAUAAUGUUGAUUUAACAUCAAAACCAUUCAAUAUUAAAGGUGGAUCACAUUACAAGGUUAAAAUUGGUUAUAUGGCAAGUGAACCAAUCACAGAUUUAAUUUGCCAAAUUCAUACAUUUAGAAAAUCCACACCAUACGGAAGAGAUACUCAAAAAGUUGGUGACAUUUGUGCAAAUACAAAUGACUUGGAAUUUGAUUUCCCAAAAUUUGGUUGGGAGCAAGCUUCAACUCAAUCAUCGUCAAUGGGUGAUUACACAAUUAAAAUGUAUUUCAAAGGUAAUGGAAAUCAAGAUCUUGCAACUUUCUUUUAUUCUUUUAAUGUUGCUCCAGAUUGGGAAAAUGCUUUACCAAUAAAUUAA